AUGACACAGACACCCAGUGGUGUCCUCAGCGUGUUCCUGGGGCAGAUCUCUGGGAUGCGGCUGUUUCAGGCGGCAAAGACGGUGGAGGGUUGGAGCCUGAUGAGCAAGGCCCUGAGACGCAUGGGCACCUGGCUUCUCAUCUGCACCUGCGUGUGUGUCUGUGCCUGCUUGGAGGUCUCUGUCUCAGAGGCAGGAGGAGGUGAGGGCGGGCACCCCACCUUCACCUGCCUCAACAACAACAUCCUGAGGAUCGACUGCCGCGGCUCUGGCCCGGAGCUGGACCAAGGCUGCGGCCCCUGGCUCCUGUUUACCAGCAACCAGGUGCCGGGCAGCAAGCACCGGUGUGUGUUUCGGGGCAGUGCGUGCACCGUGCUGCUGCCACCCACGGAGGUGCUGGUGCCGUCUGACAACUUCACCAUCACUCUGCACUACUGCGUGUCUGGGAAGGAGCAGGUCCGCCUGGUGGACCGGCAGUACCUGCCCCGGAGAAACGUGAAGCUGGACCCGCCCUCUGACCUGCAGAGCAACAUCAGCUCUGGCUCCUGUGUCCUGACCUGGAGCAUCAGCCUUGCGCUGGAGCCACUGACCACACUUCUCAGCUACGAGCUGGCUUUCAAGAGGCAGGAAGAGGCCUGGGAGGGGGCCCAGCACAAGGACCGCAUUGUUGGGGUGACCAGGAUCACCCUUGAAGCCAUUGAGUUGGACCCCAGCUCCACCUACGAGGCCAGGCUGCGGGUGCAGAUGGCCACGCUGGAGGACGACACGGAGGAGGAGCGCUACGAGGGCCAAUGGAGCGAGUGGAGCCAGCCGGUGUGCUUCCGCCCUCCCCAGAGACGGGGUUCCCUGAUCCCACCCUGGGGACAGCUGGACAGCACCCUUGUUGCUGUGUCCAUCUUUAUCCUCCUCAGUGGCCUCAUCUACCUUCUGUUUAAGCUGUCACCCAGGGUAAAGAGAAGUUUCCAUCAGGAUGUGCCCACCCCAGCUGUGUUCUUCCAGCCCCUCUACAGUGUGCACAACGGGAACUUCCAGACCUGGACAGGAGCCCACAGACCAGGCCUGCAGCUGAGCCCGGAUGGUGUCCACAUGCUACAAGGAGCCUCUGAGUCCAAUGACUGGGAGACCAUCACUCCGCUCACAUACAGCCCGAUGCACCCAUGGGAGUCUGUGGGCCUGCAGAGGAAGGAAGGCACUGGCACAGGCCUCCCAGGGGCCCCAGGCUCAGAGGAGGUGCCGCCAGCAGGGUGUGUGGAGUGGAAGGCACAGCCACCUGUGUAUCUGCCACAGGAGGACUGGGCCCCUAUGGCCCCCACUGGGCUGGCUGCCCCAGGCCCAGAGGACAGAAGCAAGUACUGCGUUUUGGGCUGCUCUGGGGGUUGCUAUCCCACAGCCCUCCCAGGAAACACACAGAGCUCUGAGCCUGUUCCAGCUGUGGCCCGUGGCCUUUCCUGUGACCCCUGGGGUUCAGAUCCCCAGCUAGGAGAUACCUGUGUGGCAGAGGCGCCCCUCUGCGCACCUUCACACGGCUUUGGGGACUACGUUUCCGACACAGGGACCCCGGGGCGGCACACUGCAGCCAUGGCCCUGGCAUCCCCAUCAAGGCUCGCGACGGCGGGUCCGUUCCAGUGUGAAUGUCCGGGCUCGCCGGGAGGGGGCGCACUUUCCCGUGGCCGUGCCGCGCCCUGCCUGCUGUGCGGGCCUGUGGCCGGCAGGGGGCGUGCGGGGCCGCUGCUGGGCGUGGCCGGGGACGCUGGGGGCCACUUUGUCUUCUCGCUGCGGGGAGACUGCCCCGGCCUUCGGACGGCCUGA